CUCGCAAACCAACGGUCCAGAUUCACUCACCCCUCCGCCCCCACUCAAAUUUCACCAUCACUCCCCCAACCCCAACUUGUCGUUCUUUCUUCCUUCUCUAAGCUCUCUGCUCUCUCAUUCUUUUAUUAUCAUCAAAUCGUUAAAUUAACACACAACACAAAACAGCUCAAUAAUAAGUUGAACUUCAAGGUAGAAGCUACGCUGAAGUGAAACGUGAGUUUCUUCCCGGCGUGGCUCUUCUUCCCUCUCGGGAGAUACCUUACGUCUCUCACUUCACUUCAAUCGCAACCGCAUUGCAUUGUCUUUUAUCAGCUUCAAUCCCAAGAUGGUUGCACAGAACUUUGUUGUUGAUUUGAAUAAGCCCCUUGUUUUCCAGGUUGGACAUCUUGGAGAAGCUUAUCAAGAGUGGGUUCACCAGCCAAUUGUUAGCAAGGAAGGCCCUCGGUUCUUUGAAAAUGAUGUUCUUGAGUUCUUGACACGCACAGUCUGGUGGGCUGUACCAGUUAUUUGGCUGCCAGUUGUAUGUUGGUUUAUUCAUAACUCUGUACAAUUGGGACUCAGUUGUCCUCGUGUAGCUUUGUUCGUGGUUAUUGGCAUUUUGAUUUGGACAUUGCUUGAAUACUCAUUGCACCGAUUUCUUUUCCACAUUGAAACAAAGACCUAUUGGUGGAACACACUGCAUUAUCUUCUCCAUGGCUGCCACCAUAAGCAUCCCAUGGAUGGCUUGAGGCUUGUUUUUCCCCCAGCUGCAACAGCAAUAUUAUUGUUUCCGUUCUGGAACUUGGUUAAGCUCUUAUCCACCCCUGUAGUUGCUCCUGCUUUGUUUGGAGGUGGUUUAUUGGGUUAUGUGAUGUAUGAUUGCACCCAUUAUUACGUGCAUCAUGGUCAGCCAAAAACUGAAGUACCCCGAAAUCUCAAGAGGUACCACUUGAAUCAUCACUUUCGGAUCCAGAACAAAGGCUUUGGGAUUACUUCGUCACUAUGGGAUAGUGUUUUUGGGACACUUCCUCCAACGAAAGAGGGUGCCAAAAGUAUGUAAAUUACCAAGGGUGGAGCAUAUAUUCAUUGGUUAAGAUAAUAGCAAAUUCAGAUGAUCUGCUUUUAUUAUUUUUUUUGGGUCUAAUUUAUUUUGCACCCCAGUGGAUAUUCCUGGGGGGCUGGCGUGCCAUCAUUUUGUCAAUUUUGUGGUGCAAGUGCAAAGUUCUACAAUUAAACAUUCUGCUAAAAAUUGAUUAUUGUAUUAGAUUUAUGGUAAAAAUGUCGCCUGAUUGUGCAUA